CAGUGCUUGCGAACAGCUGAUGAGUACCGCGCCGAAGAAGUCCAUCCAGAGCGCGUAAAUCGCGACGUUUGAAAAUUUUUUCCCAGGACAGACAUUUCCAGUGAAAAUGUGCAAUGAAAUAAGGGAAAUGUGUUGUAAAUGUAAAGACGCGAUUGACUGUGGAGGUGUUGAUAUGUCCUGUGGUAUAUAAAUGGGUCUUAAAGAAACGUCAAUUGGUCAUGCGGGGCAUGUUUUCGCGGUUUUUUAUAACCGCGUGGAUACUAUUCGGAACUGUGCUCAAUCUUCAGAUAACGGAAAAAAAUUUAAGGGGUUUAUUAACUGAUCUCGAGUGGCUAUCACUAACAGGAAAUUCAAAGUCAGGAUCGAAAUUGUCGAUAGCCUACCCACGUUUAACAGCCAGCGAUCAAAAUGCCUUAGUCAAAAAGCUUCACGUUAAAACACCCGAAAAUGAAUUUAAUAUAGAACUAGUCCCAAACCCAGAUCUCUUAUCAAAAAAUUUUCUCGUUUUUGAAACGUUUGCGAAUGGGUCGUAUCCCAUGCACUUUGUCGAAGAUGAUGCUAAAUGUCACUAUAUGGGAGAAAAAGCGGCACUUAGUUUAUGCAAUGGAAUUAAAGGCAUUUUACAUUUCGACAAAGAUUCAUUCUACGUCAUCCACCCAUUACCGAAGAGGUUUCACAACAACACAUUAAUCCACCCCCAUGUCAUCGUUCGCAAACAGCACAACAAAGCCUGUCUUCACCACAACACGACACUGCCUGAAGAUACUCCAAAAGCAACCAAAGAUAUAAAGGCCAAAGUAAAAAGUCUGAGCCGUUCAAAAAGGGAGGCUCUCCCUUUCGGCACUCCUGUUUUCGUAGAAACUGCCGUUUUUGUAGAUAGAGACUUAUUCGAACACAUGAAAACUAAUUUUCCUGUAGAAACUGAAAGAGAAUUGAUUCGGUUUGUUCUCGCCAUGAUAAAUGCCGUGCAAUUACUUUAUCACGACCCCAGUCUUGGAAGACCGGUCAAUUUUGUGUUAAAAAGACUUGAAAUUUUAAAAGAGGAAGCCGCAGGUUUGGUUAGACCGCCUGACAUUGACAGAUUUUUGUCGAAUUUUUGCAAUUGGCAAAGAACUAAAAAUCCAGUGGGGGAUCGGGAGCCUCAGCAUUGGGACCAUGCUCUGAUUUUGACAGGGUUGGACUUGUACGUAAGGGGCAAACAUGGUAAAAUAUCGAACCAAGUUGUGGGUCUAGCACCGGUUGCUGGAAUGUGUACUACGACUAGUAGUUGCACUGUUAACGAAGGAAGGCAUUUCGAAAGUGUCUAUGUUGUUGCACACGAAAUUGGGCAUAAUUUAGGAAUGAGGCACGACGGGCCUCUGGCUGAUAACGACUGUGAUCCCGCUAGUUAUAUCAUGUCACCAACUUUAGGAAGUGGCAAAAUAACAUGGUCUGCUUGUAGUAGAAGAUAUUUACAGAAAUUUUUAGAAACGUCACAAUCACGGUGUUUGCUAGAUCAUGGGAGUUCAGCAGGACAGCUUGAUCAUAGUGCUGAAGGAGCAUUGCCUGGUGAACGAUUCGAUGCUGACCAGCAAUGCAUGUUAAAAUACGGGCGCGGCAGCCGCCACUCCUCCCAACAACCCCUCGACGACGUCUGUCGCGAUCUGCACUGCGAACGUGAACGUUACACUUGGACAUCCCAUCCCGCUUUGGAAGGCACCAUGUGUGGACACAAUAUGUGGUGCAAAGGCGGCAGAUGCAUUUCUCGCGGCUAUCCCGUGAGUGCCGCCUACAGCACGGCCUCUCAUACUCCAUCACGUGUGGAAAAGACUUCCGGAACUUGGAGUAAGUGGAAACCGUACAGUGACUGCGCCUCCGGGUGUCUCUUCGGCGAAGAAGGACGAUUACGGUCUGGGAGUACCGGAAUUAUGGUUUCCAGUAGAAUUUGCAACAACCCUCGCGGAAGUGGUAAUUACUGUGAAGGGAUAAGUAAGAGGUACCAGGCUUGUAAUGCCCAACAGUGUCUCAACGUUCCUCGACUGACUAUAAGAGAGUUUGCUGAACAAAUAUGUACGAGGGCUAAGGACGUGGAUAAAGAGUUGACCGGUUCAGGAAUGCAGAAACUCAGCUCGGAUCCCGAAGAGGCUUGUGUUGUGUGGUGUCAAAAGCGCAACGGCGGAACGAAAAGCCGCGGUUGGACUUUCCCCGAUGGUACAGUUUGCCAAACUCGGCGCUCUCUUUACGGAAAAUCGAGUUUUUGUAUCAACGGACGGUGCGAAGAGUUCGUCUGUGAUUCCUACGAAGAAGUUGCUUUCGCACAAAUGCCUGAAUUAUGUCCUGUCGAUCGCACCGAUAAUGAACUCCUCUGGAGGACCGGUCUUAGAGGAAGAUCCAAUGCAAUUGUCAAAUGGAAAAGUGCGAGUGGUUGUCACUUUAACUGCAUUUCUCCUGGCACUGGUGUGAGAUUGGUAAUGAGUAAGGGCAAACAUGCUAAAUCUAGUAUUCAGUUGUGCCAACCGGAUCAAUAUGGUUGUGGACGGAUUAAGUCCCCUUUUCAACAUGCCUCGAUGAUUUGCAGCAAAUACAAAGAGAGGGUUGGGAGGCUGUCAGGGAUUGGCAUGCAAAUACCGCCGGCACUUGAGGAUCCGGACAGACCUUGCCGAGUGGCUUGCCAAGAUGAGAACAUUUCCCACCGAUAUUAUUUAGUUAAUGGAGAAGAAGGCUGGUUUCCUUUCGGUACCGAUUGUUCCAGGAGUAGUGCAGAAAAGAAAGCUUACUGUAUUAGCGGAAAGUGUUUGGAAUUUGGCCCUGAUGAUACUCCAAUGUCUGAGAGCGAAUUUACUCUUCCAUUACUGUCAAGAAAUCGCAGAUCUCUGGAGUUGAAUAGCACAAGAGUUAUGGCAAAAUUAAAUCAACAUCAACUGGAGCAAAUUAUUAGUGAAUUGAAUAGAACCUUGACAGGAAAGGUAACGAAUGAGCAUCGGUUUGAUAUCGAUUUAAAUAAUCCGAUUCAUGUUAAUAUGGACAUGGAAACUGUGCAAUAUCCUAUUUAUACUAAAAAGCAAUCCAAUGACUUAUUAAAUUAUACUUAAAAUUGUAGAAACUGUGAAUCUUAGGUAGAAAAAUUGUGAUUAUAUGAUGUUCCAUUUUGAUUAUUUCUUGUUAAAAAUGUCCCAUGUGAAAGAAAUAUUAUUUUACAUGAAAAUAAAAUACAUAGACAU